GCCCCCAAAGCUGCGCAACCCCUAGACUCCCCCGGCCGGUCCACGUUGCGCUCUCCUGAUGGCCCUUUUCCAAGAGGUAUGUGUGUCCGGCUUCGAGGACUUCAGCCGGGCUGUGGAGCAGCACAAAGACAAGGCCAUUUUCGCCUACUUUACCGGUUCUAAGGACGCCGAAGGGAAAAGCUGGUGCCCCGACUGCGUGGAGGCUGAACCAGUCGUACGAGAGGGGCUGAAGCAUAUUUGUAAAGAAUGUGUGUUCAUCUACUGCCAAGUAGGAGAAAAACCUUACUGGAAAGAUCCAAAUAAUGACUUCAGAAAAAACUUGAAAAUAACUGCAGUGCCUACACUACUUAAAUAUGGAACACCUCAAAAACUGGUAGAAUCUGAAUGUCUUCAGGCCAACCUCGUGGAGAUGUUGUUCUCUGAAGAUUAAGAUUUGACCAUUGUGUCUUGAUUUCCUGAUUUGCUCUAGUAUAAAAGAAAUUGCAUACUUGCUUUGAAUUCAUGUUAGGCAUAAAUAAAUGAUG